CCGGGAGCGGCGGCGCCGAGGGCGCUCGGGGCGCUCCAGCGAUGGGCGUUCGCCGUCUCCUCGGGCUCCUGCUCGCCGCUUGCGCCGCUCUCCUCGGGCCCGACCCCUGCUGCCUCGCACGCCCCUGUUACGAUGAAUUGGUUGGAUCCCUCUACUCCUCGUCCAUUGGCGCCUCCUCCCGAUACAACAUCUUCUACUCGGCAAGCUUUGCCCGGCUGCACAGCACCAGCGGGUGGUCCCCUGACCCCCGUGACAAGCAGCCCUGGCUGCAAAUCGACUUGAUGCAGAAGCACAGGAUCAACGCAGUGGCCACGCAGGGGACCUUCAACACAUACGACUGGCUGACGCGCUACAUCGUGCUCUAUGGGGACCACCCCACCAGCUGGAAGCCCUUCUUCCAGCAGGGCAGCAACUGGACUUUCUUUGGGAAUGUGAAUGAGAGUGGGGUGGUGCGGCAUGACCUGCACUACCCCAUCCUCGCCCGCUACGUUCGCAUCAUCCCAGUGGCCUGGAACCCAAGAGGGAAGAUUGGGCUGCGCCUGGGCCUCUAUGGCUGCCCCUACCGAUCCCAUGUGCUCUACUUUGAUGGGGAUGAUGCAAUCUCCUACCGCUUCCGGGCCAAGAAGAUCAGCACCAUGGAAGAUGAUAUCUCCUUCAACUUCAAGACGGUGGAGCAGGAUGGUGUGCUGAUGCAUGGGGAGGGGUCGCAGGGUGACUACAUCACGGUGGAGCUCAAGCAAGCCCAGCUCCUCCUGCACAUCAGCUUAGGCAGCAGUCCGCUGCACGCCACUGAGGGCCACACGACGGUGGCGGUGGGCAGCCUCCUGGAUGACCAGCACUGGCACUCACUGCACAUCGAGCGGUACGGCCACCACGUCAACCUGACACUGGAUGGCGAGGUGAAGCGCUUCCGCUGCCACGGCACCUUUGACCACCUCGACCUUGAAACUGAGAUCUUCUUUGGAGGGGUGAUCGACCAGGACAAGCAGCACCUCACCUACCGGCAAAACUUCCGUGGCUGUGUGGAGAACAUAAUCUUCAAUGGUGUCAACAUUGCUGACCUGGCCCGGCACCGGAGAUACAACAUUCGCUUUGAGGGCAGCGUGGGCCACUACUGCCAGGACCAGGUGAACACCCCCAUCACCUUUGCCGGCAUCAACAACUAUGUGCAGGUGCCAGGCAUCCCCCGCAGGAAUCGUCUGGCUGUCAGCUUUCGCUUCCGCUCCUGGGAUACGGCUGGGCUGCUGCUCUACACUAGCUUCGCUGACCGCCUGGGCUCACUGGAGAUGGUGCUGAGUGAGGGUCAGGUCAAUGUCUCCAUUGCCCAGCCUGGCAAGAAGAAGCUGGAGUUCGCUGCAGGACAUCGCCUGAAUGAUGGCUUCUGGCACUCGGUGCAGCUGGUGGCACGGGAGGGCUCGGCCGUGGUUACCAUUGAUGAUGAUGAUGGUGCUGAGUUUCGGGUGGCUCAUCCCUUCCAGCUGCGCACUGGCAGCCAGUACUUCUUUGGAGGCUGCCCCAAGCCCGCCUUGCUCACUGGCUGCCGCUCCAACCAGACGGCGUUCCACGGCUGCCUGCAGAUGCUGAGUGUGGACAUGCAGCCCGUGGACCUGGAGAUGCUGGUGCAGCACCGCCUGGGGAAGUACGCCGACGUCUUCUUCAACGUUUGUGGCAUAACAGACAGGUGCACCCCCAACCUGUGCGAGCAUGACAGCCGCUGCGUGCAGUCCUGGGAUGACUUCAUGUGCAUCUGCGACCUGACAGGCUACAAGGGAGAGACCUGCCACAAAUCCCUUUACAAAGAGUCCUGUGAUGCAUAUCGGGUCAGCGGGAAGACCUCAGGGAACUACACUAUCGACCCAGACGGCAGCGGACCCCUGAAGCCCUUCACAGUGUACUGCGACAUCCGAGAGGACCGGGCGUGGACCAUCAUCCGGCACAAUCGGCACUAUGCCACGCGGGUGACGGGCUCCAGCGUGGACCAGCCCUACCUGGGCGAAGUGGAGUACUGGAAUGCCUCCUGGGCCGAGGUCUCAGCGCUGGCCAAUGCCUCUGAGUACUGUGAACAGCGUAUCGAGUUCCACUGCUACAGCUCUCGCCUGCUUAACACCCCCUCCGGGCUGCCCUACAGCUUCUGGAUGGGCCGGAACAACGAGCGGCACUACUACUGGGGCGGCUCACGGCCAGGCAUCCAGCGCUGCGCCUGCGGGCUGGACAAGAACUGUGCCGAUCCCGAGUACUUCUGCAACUGCGACGCCAACCACGCACUGUGGAGGACGGACAAGGGUCUGCUGACCUUCGUGGACCACCUGCCUGUCACACAGGUGGUGGUGGGAGACACCAACCGCUCCGGAUCUGAAGCACAGUUCCUGCUGGGGCCCCUGCGGUGCUAUGGAGACCGAAACACCUGGAACACUGUGUCCUUCAACAGAGGUGCAGCUCUGCUCUUCCCCACCUUCCAAGCCAACCACAGCCUCGAUAUCUCCUUCUAUUUCAAGACCACUGCCCCAUCUGGCGUCUUCCUAGAAAACCCUGGCACCCAAAACUACAUUCGCGUGGAGCUUAACACCACCAGGGAUGUGGUGUUUGCCUACGACAUUGGAAACGGGCACGAGAACCUGACGGUUCACUCAGCAGUGCCCUGGAAUGAUGAUGAGUGGCACCAGGUGAAGGCAGAGCUCAAUGUGAAGCUGGCCCGGCUGCGGGUGGACAGGCUGCCCUGGGUGGUGCGGCCAGCCCCGCCACAAAGCUUCGUCCGCCUGGAGUUUGACAGACCCCUCUAUGUCGGCUCGGCGGAGCACAAGAUGCGUCCAUUCCUGGGGUGUCUGCGGGCACUGCGGAUGAACGGUGUGACACUCAACCUGGAGGGCAAGGCCAACGAGACAGAGGGCGUGCAGGUGAACUGCACUGGCCACUGCCAGGACCCACCGGUGCCCUGCCAGAACAGCGGGCUCUGUGUCGAGCGCUACAGCCACUACAGCUGCAACUGCAGCAUCUCUGCCUUUGAUGGGCCUUUCUGCAACCACGACAUCGGUGGGUACUUCGAGGAGGGUGCCUGGGUGCGCUACAACAUCCUGCCCAUGUCGCUAUAUGCUGCCCGCGAGUUUGCCAGCAUAGUCAGCAGCCCCUGGCAGCCCCUGCCCGGCUACAACCUCACUAACGAGGAGGUCAGCUUCAGCUUCAGCACCACCUCGGCGCCUGCUGUGCUACUCUACGUCAGCUCCUUUGUGAAGGACUACAUGGCCGUUCUCAUCAAGGACGACGGGAGCCUGCAGCUGCGCUACCAGCUGGGUACCAGCCCCUAUGUCUUUGCCCUCACCACCAAGCCAGUGACAGAUGGGAGACCCCACCACGUCAACAUCACCCGCUGGCACCGCACGCUGUACACGCAGGUGGAUUAUCUGCCCGUCAUGGAGCAGCAGUUCUCCCUGUUUGUGGACAGCAAGCUGGACUCACCCAAGAACCUGUACCUGGGGCGUGUGAUGGAGACCGGCGUAAUUGACCCUGAGAUCCAGCGCUACAACACACCUGGAUUCUCAGGCUGCCUCUCAGGGGUGAAGUUUAAUAGUAUCGUCCCCCUCAAAGCCAUCUUCCGCCCCACUAGCGUGGUGCGACCCUACAGCGUGCAGGGGGAGGUGGUGGAGUCCAGCUGUGCCUCCAUGCUGCCCCUCACCACCAUCCUCAUCCCGCCUGAGAUGGACCCUUGGUACAUGGGCACAGAGUUCCCCCACGUGCAUGACGAUGGCUGGGUCGGGAUCAUCAUCGGGUUCGUGACGUUCCUGCUGCUGCUGCUUGGGGGCUUGCUGGUGCUGCUCUACUUCUACUACCACCGCUACAAGGGCUCCUACCACACCAACGAGCCCAAGGCCAUCCAGGACUACAGCAGCGCUGUCAAACCACUGUCAGUGCGCAAAGACCAGAACCUGCCCCAGAUCCUGGAGGAGCCAAAAGGGGACUAGUGGGAGACCGGGGGGUGGGAUGGGCUCGCGGCGCCCCGCGGCCACUGGGGCUGCCCAGAGACGAGCAAGCAUCGCGGGACCAAAGGGCCGAGCACACCUGAACUGCCAGCACCGCCGAGCCGCCAGCUCCCACCUGCGCCUGGAGCGUGGCCACCGGCACCCUCGGCCCCGCUGUGGCCCCUCUGCCACAGGCAGGCAGCUGCCCCCCGCUGCCCUUCCAUGGGGACCCCAUGCCCGGCAGUCCCACACCCGCGGGGGGAGUGCCCGGGCUGCCCCCAGCCCCCUCGCGCUGAAUUCCCUGCUGCUUUACUCGCUUAGCAAGAGCCACGAAGGAACCACGCAAUAUCGCCGCGGCGCAGCCGGGGUGCCCAGCAAUACCCUGCCCGUGAGUGCAACGGCCGCCGCUGCCGUGCAUGAUGCCACUGCACUUUGCUGAAAUGCUGCUUUCAUACAAUCAGGUACGGAUCCUUUCUACCAUUUUUGUUGCUGGAUAUUCUACUACACUCUAAUUUUUUUAUUCUAUCAGUUUGUAUAAAAAACAAAAUGGAACUUCACGUCAGGUGUUAUAUUCCAAGUGUCGUGGUCAGUGGUCUGUAGUUUGCUACUUCUCUGUAAGAAGUGCUCGUCCUGCAUUACCGCCAGCCCAGGGAACUCUCUGUUCACGCGCUGUACCGUGGUCAGACAAUGUUAUAGAAAUGCAUUUAUCUACCCAAAGGCCUAGCUCCACUGGGCACUUUAUUUUUAAAAAACCCGUUUUGUUGAAUGAGAUGUGAAGAUGCUCCAAUAAAGGCAGAACGACGGCGUUUGACACCUUGCAGCCUUCUGUUGGCAGUCUGGGCACAGGGGCGGAGCCGCUCUGCUGCCCCUGCCCUGCUCAGUGCACCCAGGC